GAAAGGAAAACAAGGGAGACUUGUCUCCAUAGAAACCGGGACUAGUUCAACGGUCAAGCCUUCUUGGUUCUUGCUCUCCCUCUCCCUCUCCCUCUCUCUCUCCCUCUUCUUCAGUUUUGUAAAGAAAGGCAGAAAAACUAAGAGGGAAAAAUUAAAAGAAGAAGCAGUUUUUGCUCAUAUUUGGGGAGUUGAGAAAUUAGAGACAAGUCAAAGCAGUUUUUGCUUAUAUUUGGGGAGUUGAGAAAUUAGACAAGUCACCUUGAACUUUCCGUUUCUUUUUUUUUUCUUCUUCUUUUGUAACUGUUUUUAUAUCCUUCAGGUGCUUUUUGGGCAGCUUUUUGGUUCCUUAACCGGUCAGUUUGCUUUUGUUGUUUUCUAUUUGUUUGAUUGUGCUUUGUUUUGUGUGUGUGUUUUUUCUUUCGGUUUGCCUUUUGGGAUAGCAUAUAGAGAUGGGUUAUUCAUCUUUGAUCAGAUUGGAGAAGGGGCCUUCGGAUUCUUUGUUGAUUUGGCAGAAUUUGAUUGCAGUCUUCAUUUUCUUGACAGCUGAUUUGGUUAAGGUCAAGAAAGAAGAAGGUUUUGGCUUCAGGCCCUGGUUUUUUAGUGCUGUUUGUUGAAUUUUUAAACUUGACAGGCAAACAUAUUUUUUUCAUUGCUUCAUCUGGGGUUAAUUACCUUUCCUUCCAUUUGGAGAUUCGGAUGGAACAGUUCAGGCAGACAGGGGAAGUGUUGGGAAGUUUGAAGGCUCUGAUGGUAUUGCAAGAUGAUAUUCAGAUCAAUCAGAAGCAGUGCUGUUUGCUGGUUAAUAUCUUUUGUUUGGCCUUUAAAACGAUAGCGGAGGAGAUCAAGCAGAACCUAAAACUAGAAGAGAAGAACACCAAGUGGAGGCCUCUUGAAGAGCCUUUGAAAGAGGUGUAUAGGGUAUUCAAAGAAGGGGAACUUUAUGUUAGGCGUUGCUUGGAUAACAAAGAUUGGUGGGGAAAAGCUAUUAGCCUUCAUCAGAAUAAGGACUCUGUUGAGUUUCACAUCCACAACUUGCUUAGCUGCUUUCCUGCUGUUAUCGAGGCGGUUGAGAUUGCUGGAGAAAUCUCUGGACUUGACCAGGAAGAGAUGACAAAGAAGAGGGCAAUGCUGGUAAAAAAGUAUGAUAGGGGUUGGAGUGAUCCGAAACUUUUCCAAUGGAAUUUUGGGAAGCAGUAUUUGGUCCCUCGGGAAAUUUGUAGGCAGAUGGAGAGGGCUAUGAGAGAAGAUAGAUGGCUUCUUAUUGAUACAAUCAAGGAGAAGAGAAGGGCAUUGCCACCAGGAAAGAGUGAGCAUCGACUUGGAGAACUUUUGCUGAAGAAACUAAAUGUACUAGCACCAGCUAAUGGCAAACUCCCACCAAGUUCAAUUUUGUUAGAAGCAGAAGAUUACCAAGUGAGGAGAAGGUUAGGUGGAAAUCAGCACAAGGAAAUUCAAUGGCUAGGGGAGAAUUUUGCUUUGAGACAUUUCUUUCACGAUUUUGAACCGUUGAAUUCCGAAAUUUCUAUGCUGUUGUCCCUUUCCCAUCCCAACAUAGUGCAGUACCUCUGUGGCUUUUAUGAUGAAAACAAGAAGGAAUGUUUCCUUGUAAUGGAAUUGAUGACCAAAGAUUUCUAUUCUUACAUAAAAGAGAACAGCAGUCCGAAGAAGCGGGUUUUGUUCCCUCUUCCAACUGUAGUUGAUAUUAUGCUUCAGAUUGCAAGAGGAAUGGAAUUUCUCCACUCACGGAAGAUCUAUGUGGGAGAUUUUAAUCCUAGUAACGUCCUUCUCAAACCCAGGAAAUCUACAGAAGGUUAUUUUCAUGUGAAAGUCUCAGGGUUUGGCUUAACAUCUGUCAAAAAUCAUUCUUCUCGACACUCAUCGCCAGAGCCAAGUCCAGUCGAUACUUGCAUUUGGCAUGCCCCAGAAGUUCUGGCAGAGCAAGAACAGGCAAGAAAUGCUAGCAUUAGAAAGUACACAGAGAAAGCAGAUGUUUAUAGCUUUGGGAUGCUUUGUUUCCAGCUCUUGACAGGGAAACUUCCCUUUGAGGAUGGGCAUCUUCAAGGAGACCAAAUGAUCAAUAAUAUAAGAGCAGGAGAACGGCCAUUAUUCCCAUCCCUUUCACCAAAAUACCUUGUAAGCUUAACCAAGAAAUGCUGGCAUACGGAGCCAAGUUAUCGCCCUACUUUCUCGUCUAUUUGUAGGGUUCUGAGAUACAUCAAGAAGUUCCUUGUGAUGAACCCUAAUGACGGUCAGCCUUAUAUACAGUCGCCGCCCGUAGAUUUUUAUGACUUGGAGGCAGGGUUUCUAAAGAAGUGUCAAGGGGAGGUGACUUGUGAUCUACCUUCAGUGUCACAAAUUCCAUUUCAAAUGUUUUCUUAUAGGCUUAUAGAGAAAGAAAAAACUUGUGUACAAAUUAAAUUUAAGAAUUCUGAAGCAGUAAGUGAAGCAGCCUCAAAUGGCUGGGAUGAGAGUAACUCUGUAGUGGAGGAUCAUCACGUACCAGCAAUUGAUGCCAGGUCGUUUACAUCUGACGUGAAGUCUGUUGGUUUUGAUAUGAAGUCGACUUUCACUGAAGUUCCAGACAGGAAAAUUCCAUCUGACUUGAGGUCAGUUCGUUCCGAGCCCGCUGAUAAGAAACUACUGUUGAUAAAGAAAACUACCAGCGUGAAGGUCAGAAAAGUUUCAGGAAAGCCAAAACCCCUACCACCAUCGAAAUCAUUGCCAUGGACGCCACCAGGGCACAGCAUGAAGAUGAGAUGCGAGAGUCCGAAACCAUUAUCCAAGAGCAGUAUGAGCCCAAUCAGACGCAGAUCACCUGGACAAGCUUCAAACCCUUAGAAAUCUUACUUUCUGUCACCUUCCCAAAAUUAGUUGACAGCAUACGGAAUCAGAUUUCUUUCUCCGUGAAAUUAUUGUAGAUUUGGUUUGAGUUUAGAACUUUUUAAACUUUCUUAUAUGUUUGUGUCUUAGCAAUUCAGAAAAAAAAAAAGAACAAAAAAAUGAACAAGAAGAAAGUUGCGUGUUAGGAUUGGAGCCUUUGUACUUCUGCUCAAGCUGAUUUUUGAUAAUCUCUUAGUCUGAUACUUUCAGUAUAUGUUAAGUUUGAAUACUUUCCUUGUGGAGAAA